AUGCGUGAUUUAGCCAAAAAUGCUCUCACCGAUGAAGCAAUCAGGUCCCUUUGGAUUGAACGUUUACCGGAAAACGUUCGUGCCGUCGUGGCAAUUUCAAAUGACGAUCUCAACACCUAUGCUACCUUAGCAGAUAAAGUUGUCGAAUUGACUGCCCCAAAACUAAUUUCGGAGAUCAAAUCGGAUAACACACUCCUUCAAUUGAACGCUCGUAUCGAUGAAUUAGCCAAAUAUUUUCGCGAAUUUAGAGCGAGCAGAAACAAUAGUCCAAAUAAAUCCCAGAAGUCACACAAUUCGAGUCGUUCACGUUCCAAAUCUCGUAAUAAAAGACCGUAUUGUCGAUUUCAUUAUCGUUUUGGGGCCAUGGCACGCAAGUGUGAACAGCCAUGCGCAUUCAAAAAGUCCGCCGAUAAAUGUGAUGAACAUUCAAAAAACUAA